GUCAGAAAUAAAAUGAUAAAAAACAGCCGAGGAAACGAGCGAGAAGGAGAAUCUUCACCGUCCAUUUAGCUUUACCGUGCUUAUUCCUUCUUCCCGCCCCCUCUUCUUACUGACACAGGCAAGUAAUAGUGAUGAUGGAGCAAGGCGGAGAUCGGGAGGUCUCGAUGAGCGCCGGCGAGGAGUUGGAGGAAGACGAGGAGGAGGAGGAAAGUUUUCUGUUGAGUGGAGGCAUCGAGGUGCCGAGCGGCUUGGAGCUGGGAAUGGGUUGCGGGUUUGUGGUCACUGACGCGCUUGAGCCUGACCAUCCCAUCAUAUACGUGAACCACUGGUUCGAGGAAAUCACAGGCUACUGCGCCGAGGAGGUUCUUGGUAGGAAUUGCCGCUUUUUACAGUGCAGAGGACCAUUUGUUCAAAGGAGGCAUCCUUUGGUGGACUCCACAGUUGUCUCUGAAAUACGAAGAUGCAUUGAGGAAGGAACCAAGUUCAAAGGCGAGCUUUUGAAUUUCAAGAAAGAUGGGUCACCCAUGAUAAGCAGGCUGCAGCUCAUUCCUAUGUACGCAGAUGGUGAGACAGUUACCCAUUUUAUUGGCAUCCAAAUCUUCUCCGACACAAACGUUGACGUAGGACCAUUCUCUAACACCCGGGCAAAGGACUUGGCUGGAUAUUCUGAACGUUUUAAGUCAGGCCUCAGUUUGUACCGACCAAUUUCAGCAGCUUAUAGACAUAUUUGCAGAGAAGUUUGCAGCUUUUUGCAAUUGAACGAUGAGGUCUUGUGUCAGCAGAUCUUUCUAAGGUUGGACCCAAGAGACAUUGCAUCUGUUGGCUCUGUAUGCAAAAGACUCCACCACCUGACAAAGAAUGAGGAGCUCUGGAGGAUGGUCUGCCUGAAUGCUUGGGGCAGUGAAACCACAAAUGCAAUAGAAAGUGUUCCUGCAGCAAAAAGGUUAGGUUGGGGUAGGCUUGUGAGGGAAUUAACCACUCUUGAAGCUGUCGCCUGGAGAAAAUUUACCGUUGGCGGUGCUGUGGAACCUUCUCGCUGCAACUUCAGUGCUUGUGCCGUUGGAAGCCGGGUUGUCCUUUUUGGCGGUGAAGGCGUGAACAUGCAGCCAAUGAACGAUACCUUCGUUUUGGAUCUCAACUCGAGUAACCCACAGUGGAGGCCUGUAAAUGUCAGCUCCCCCCCACCAGGUCGCUGGGGCCAUACAAUAUCUUCCUUGAACGGAUCUUGGUUAGUUGUAUUUGGUGGCUGUGGCACGCAGGGAUUGCUCAAUGAUGUUUUUGUAUUGGAUUUGGAUUCUCAGCACCCGACAUGGCGCGAAGUGGCAGGUCUUGCUCCUCCCUUACCGCGUUCAUGGCACAGCUCCUGCAUCCUUGAUGGAACAAAGCUGGUUGUUUCAGGAGGCUGUGCAGUCGGUGUGCUUCUCAGCGACACCUAUCUCCUUGACCUUUCUGCAGAGAAACCGGUAUGGAAAGAGAUACCGGUGCGGUGGACGCCGCCUUCAAGGCUUGGUCAGUCAUUAUCGACGUACGACGGUCAUAAAAUAUUAAUGUUUGGAGGUUUAGCUAAAAGCGGAGCUCUUCGUUUUCGUUCCAAUGAUGUAUUCACAUUGGAUCUGAGAGAAGAAGAGCCAUGCUGGAGAUGCGUUACUGGAGGUGGAAUGCCUGGUACAGGAAACCCCGCCGGAAUUGGUCCGCCGCCUCGCCUUGAUCAUGUGGCUGUAAGCCUUCCUGGUGGUAGGAUUCUUAUAUUUGGGGGUUCUGUGGCUGGUCUCCACUCGGCUUCUCAAAUAUAUCUUUUGGAUCCAACAGAAGAGAAACCAACGUGGAGGAUAUUAAAUGUUCCUGGCAGACCUCCAAGGUUUGCUUGGGGGCACAGUACAUGUGUUGUUGGAGGAACAAGAGUUUUAGUUCUUGGGGGUCAAACUGGGGAAGAGUGGAUAUUGAGCGAACUCCAUGAAUUAUCUCUUACAAGCUUCAUUCAGGUAUGAAACCUUAGGAUUAAUACCAUGGAGAAAUUACAAGAAAAGAACUGAGUUUUUUGGUAAGAGUAUAUUUCGGUUUGGUGGUGCAGUUUUACUGCUAGUGGUUUGUAUUUUUGUACAGGAAACUCAAUGGUUUGGUGUAUAUAAAGGCUAUUUAAGGCAUGCA